GUAAGUGGCGCGGUGGUAGGGCAAGCUGCUUAUCAAAAUCGGCUUCGCGUCGGGGAGAUUCGAUAGUUUGUGCUAAACGUUGGCGGCGUGAGUGGACGUGCCCGCGUCGACGGAGUUAUUAUCAUUUGUAGGAAAAUAAAUAAUACGUCAAAAUGACGAGCGUAGUAGCAGAUCUUGUACAUGGAUACAGGGACCUAAUGGACAACAAGUCCGAUCCCAGGGUGAACGAUUGGGCGAUGAUGAGCAGCCCAUUUCCGACCGUACUUAUAUGCCUGAGUUACGCGUACUUUAGUAAAGUAAUAGGACCAAGGCUAAUGGAGAACAGAAAGCCCUUCAAUCUGAGGCACGUCCUUAUCGUCUACAAUUUCAUACAGACAGUAUUUUCAACAUGGAUAUUCUACGAGUACCUGAUGAGCGGCUGGGCGAGAGGAUACAGCCUGAGGUGUCAGCCAGUCGAUUACUCAAACAAUCCGUUGGCCCUGAGGAUGGCAAACACUUGCUGGUGGUAUUAUUUCAGCAAGUUCACAGAAUUCUUUGACACGCUCUUCUUCAUCCUGAGAAAGAAGAAUCAGCACGUGUCAACCCUCCACGUCAUUCAUCAUGGCGUUAUGCCGUUCUCGGUUUGGAUGGGGAUGAAGUUUGCACCGGGUGGCCACAGCACGUUCUUUGCCUUACUAAACACCUUCGUUCACAUCGUUAUGUACUUUUACUAUAUGGUAGCGGCGAUGGGUCCCCAGUAUCAGAAAUACAUAUGGUGGAAAAAGUAUCUGACAACAAUGCAGAUGGUUCAAUUUGUGAUGAUAAUGACACACCAGUUCCAACUUCUGUUUACGGAGUGCGACUACCCGAGGAGUUUCAUGAUCUGGAUCGGUCUCCACGGAGUGUUGUUCCUCGGUUUGUUCUCCGACUUCUACAAGACGAAAUACACGCGGGGUACGUCUAAUGUGAAACGAGAAGCAAACUCAGGCAGUUGCAUGCCAGUUUUAGAAGACGAACCGAAACCCCAUCAAAAUGGUGUAUCGUCGUACGCAACGAUUUACAACAAGGAGUACAACAGCUGUUACAGCAAUGGAACGAACAAUGGAUACGUAGCUAAUAAUAAUACGGAGAAAAAAGUGGCCUAAAAUCAAUCGACGAUAAAUAUUUAAAAAGUAAAAAAAUCACUCGUGUGUGAAAGAAAAAAAAAAAAAAAGAAGAAAUAAAUAA